CACACGUGGGUCGACGGAAAAGUUUUGAAGUCCAACACAGAGAAGUUUGCAAGGCUCAUCAAAUACAGAGGUUAUCUGUCGAAAAGCUUUAUACGACCUACGCCUUUGGCAAGAAGGAAACAUGCCAUCGUACGCCUCAAACCAGUUCAUAGAUUUGGAUGAAGUUCUGUGCAAGCAGCUUCUCAAUCUUGACCUCCGGGAAUCUCCAAAGAUGUCUGCAUUGCCAGUCUCACCAGUCGGCCACAAAAAUACCAGGCCCCCUUGUUCCUUCUCUUCAUCGUGCUUGAGCGACUCCACAGUGAACGCAGCCAGAACCUCUGGCCAUUGGGUUCAGCCCAGCGACAUGCCUCUCCCCUCAAACUGGAACAAGAUGUCGUUUUGGGCUGAGCGUUCAGUCAGCAUGGUGGAGGGCAGCACUGGCAGCCUGGGAUGGGCCUCCACAGAGUCCAGCAGCUGCAAGCUGCCCUCUGCCAGCUCCUGCACCUCCCUGCCAGCCUCUGCCAGCGCCUGUACCUCACCGCCAUCCACGCCAACAGCAUCCGCCAGCACAUCCCCCGCUUCAACCCGCUACAAGACAGAGCUGUGCCGCACGUACGCAGAACGCGGCAUGUGCAAGUACGGCAGCAAGUGCCAGUUCGCCCACGGUCUAGAUGAACUGCGUGACCUCAACAGACACCCCAAGUACAAGACGGAGCCGUGUCGCACCUUCCACUCAGUGGGCUUUUGCCCCUACGGCAUCCGCUGCCACUUUGUGCACAACAAUGAGGAUGACCUCGCGCACAACGGGUCGAAGCCAGUACUAUCCUCCUCUUGCUCCAUCUCAGCAGGCCGUGUCCUAUCCCAGCGUCCCCCUCUCCUCAAACAUAGCUUCAGCUUUGCCGGCUUCCCCUCCAACCCGCCACCCUCAAUGGACACUACCCUGCCCCACACCUUCCUGCGCGCUCCCUCUGUCUCGCCGCCGGCCACGACCGACCUCUCCGAACUGCUCUCGCUCGCCUUCCCCGAUGUAGACAUGGCCUCUGCCUCGCUGAUGGCCGCAGCUGCUGCUGUAACAGCCGCUGCUCUGGAGGCCGGCCGCGAUCCCCAGUCUCAGUUCCUGCCCUCGCCCGACUCGGGCUGCUCCAGCUGCAGCCUGGCCUCUUCCACGCUCCCCUCCCCCCCACACAGCCUUCUGGAGCCAGCUGAGUGCUGCCUGCAGCGGAGCCCCACCGGAGGCCCCGGGGCCGUGUUGGUCGCCACCUCCACUGCCAUGGGUGUCCGGUCCCUCUCCCACACGUCCCUCUCCGACCACGAGGGCGGGUGUGGCAGCUCCGCCAGCAGUCUCAGCGGCUCAGAUUCCUGCGCCUCAGGGUUCGACGGUGUCGGGAGGCGGCUGCCCAUCUUCAGCCAGCUCUCCGUGCCAGAUGAUGGCUUCUGCAGUGAGGGCAGCGGCACAGGCUUCUUUCUGUAGAUGUGAGGGGCCUCUAGCCUUCCACCCCCCAAACCUGUUUUUCUGUUUGAAAGAUCUAACAUAUACUGUGGUAUAUCUACUGUAUGGUAUAGGCAGGUGCCUUGACACAUUUAUUUUUCUUUUACUUAAGCUCAAUGACAUGAGGGAGGCUACAAUCGACUGGGUCGAAAGAGAAUCAGAGUGGUAUAGAGCUUGUUAUAGGUUUGGUUUAUAUAUAAAAAAGACGAGUUGACCAUCUCUAAUAGUGUGGCCUUAAAAAUAGGCUGUAAAAGACAUUGAGUAUCGCUGAAAAAGCAUUUGAGUAAACAAAUGUAUUGUUCCCAAACAAGAAAUUUCAAUGUGAAAAGCCAAAGACCAGGGUUUAAGAGUUGUCAAGUUUGUUGAAUUAAUUCAAUGUUGUGUCGUUUUAUACCUUUUGGAUAAAGGCGCUUUUUCUAAUGCAGACAGUGUUCCAGACUUGCCUAAAAGCAGACCUCUUCCAAAACGGCUGCAGUUUUAAAAUACUAAAGUGCCUGUACGUUGUUUUAACAGGUUUUGUUAGGCUGCAAUAUCAUUGUGUGUUGAAGGGACCUUUUUUUCUGUUUUUUCUUUUGCUUCUUCUUGUGUCUUUGUAUUGAUCAAUGCUUUCAUGGUUCUCUGACUAGACUUUUGAGACGAUGGCUUGACUUUUUUUUUUUUCUUCAACUUUAACUACUACAUAGAAACUGGGUGGCUUACUGUUAAAAAAAUCAUUCAGUAGAGGAGGAUUACUGUCUUAAGGAUGAGGAGGGGGGGGGAAACUUAUUGUGGGUCCAUCAAGCCCCUGGUGCAGUGGAUUGUAUUGUAUUUUAGUGUCUUGUUCAGAUCUCUAGGAAGGAAGUAGUGCUUUUCGUUUGGUUUCUGACCAUUUUUGUAGCUGUUCACAAUGAUGGGUCCCAUUUUCCUUUUGAUUGUAUGAAAUGCCUUUUGGUGGCCGUCAUGUUACACAAGUAGUGUUUAAGGAGAAUCUUUAGUAAAUUAAUUUUUAUUUAUUUUAUUGUAUUUAUAGAGAACAUGCAUUGUGUUUCCUUAAUGUUUAAGUUUAAUAUAUUGGUUUCCUUUUUGUACUGGAAAAUAAACCUUUUUUAAGCGCA